GUUCUGUGACUCUGUUUUAAUCCUCUCUUUUUUAUCUUCCUUUGUUUUCUGAAGAACCCAAUAACAGUAAGUGAAGGAUUUCUUUCUUCCACGUGAUUUGCAAUUUGAAUGAAAACUCUUGAAACCUUUAACGUAAUGGAGGGCAACACCCAGAGCAAAUUCAAGAGAGUAUGCGUUUUCUGUGGUAGCAGCUCAGGCAACAGGAAAGUCUUCAGUGAUGCUGCUCUUGAAUUGGGAACUGAACUGGUGAAGAGGAAAAUAGAUUUGGUCUAUGGUGGUGGGAGUGUUGGCUUGAUGGGUUUGAUUUCUCAGAGAGUUUAUGAUGGGGGUUGCCAUGUUCUUGGGGUCAUUCCAACAGCACUUAAGCCUAUUGAGAUAUCUGGCGAAACUGUGGGGGAAGUAAGAACUGUUUCGGACAUGCACGAGCGCAAGGCUGAGAUGGCUCGGCAAUCUGAUGCAUUUAUUGCUCUUCCAGGAGGAUAUGGAACAAUGGAAGAGACACUAGAGAUGAUAACUUGGUCACAGCUUGGAAUUCAUAACAAGCCAGUUGGUCUGCUAAAUGUGGAUGGCUAUUACAAUUCUUUGCUUGCAUUAUUUGACAAUGGCGUUUCAGAAGGAUUCAUCAACCCAGCUGCUCGUGAUAUAGUUAUCUCUGCUCCAACAGCCAAGGAAUUGAUGUUGAAGAUGGAGCAAUACAGCCCAUCCCAUGAACAAGUUGCCCCACACAACAGCUGGCAGAUAGAACAACUGAAUGGUUAUCCAGAGCCACCCAAUCAACCAUGACAUCAUUCAUCGGUGGGUGUCCAUCCAUUCCACUGCUUCACUACUUCCAGUUCUGAUUAGAUUCUUUGUCAUUCCAUUUUUUUUUUUCUGAGAACUCAUUGAAAUUGGAUUUCACUUUCCACUGUACAUAAAUAAAUACACAUGCACUUUGCCAAUUCAAUUCUAAUAACAUCUUCUGCUGUUGAUAUCCCUGCA